AGAAAAAGGAAACAAGGCGCAAGCUUUAAAACGUUAUAGGCACGUCACGUCGGCGGUGCACGCAUUGAAUUGGCGUUGAACUCCGGAUUCAGAAAGUCGUCUUCACGAAUACAAAUACUCUGAAUAAACACAUACACAUGCAUACACAGAAUCGAUAGAUAUACAAUUUUUUGAUUUUUUCAGAGUUCUGGCUAAAGAAUAGUCACAUACAGAAGAGCAUGCUAUUCGUUUUGAUUUUCAGCACAGAAAUCACAGAAGAGCGAAAGUCUAUUCAGUUUUGUUGGGAUCGUCUGCGGAAGCCAUUGGUAACGUAAGUCUGAUUAUAUAGGAAGCGCCAUGACAUCACGAACUUUGAGGAAAAGGCUUCAUCAUGGGGAUGUUGAUGGGAAAAAGAUAGAACAUUUGGAGACGUCGGAGGCAGAUGAUCUUAAUGCGCCUCUAUUGGGGAAUUAUUCAGAUAGGCAUGCAGAGGAAACGACACUUGAAGAGAUCUGGGAUGAUGAGCGGAGAAAGGAACACCUCCAUUGGACCCUUCUGUUUUCUCAGUUGAUUGCACAGUGGGCACAGUGGUUAGCAAGUAUUGUUCUUGGAUCUGGAUCGCUUAUUGGACGGCUUUUGACCUUCUUUACAAGUACACAAAAUGGAGCAAGCGCUAAGUUGUUUGCUUCUCCCCUUAGUCCUCUGCAAGAAGCAAGACUCAGAUAUCUACGACAAAGGCUUCAAGUACCCUUUGAUGGUUCUCGCAUGGAGCAUCAAGAUGCGCUCUUAGAGUUAUGGAGGUUGGCUUAUCUGGAUAAGGAGCUCCCACCUCUUCAAUCAGACCUUUGGAAACAGAUGGGCUGGCAAGGUUCAGACCCUUCAACAGAUUUUAGAGGUGGGGGAUUUAUAUCAUUGGAGAAUCUUAUCUUUUUUGCCCGACAGUAUCCGGAAUCAUUCCAGAGAUUGUUGCACAAGCAAGAUGGAACUAGAGCUGAGUGGGAAUAUCCCUUUGCUGUAGCUGGCAUCAAUAUUUCUUUUGUCUUGGCAAAAAUGUUGGAUCUUCAAUCAGCAAAGCCAACUACUUUGGCUGGAAUCCGUUUUCUGGAACUGCUUAAAGAAGAUGAGAUGGCAUUUGAUAACCUUUAUUGUGUAGCCUUCCAGAUGAUGGAUGCUCAAUGGCUUGUAAAGCGUGCUUCUUAUAUGGACUUCAACGAUGUCAUGAAGUCUACGACAAGUCAGUUAGAACGCGAGCUAGCACUCGAAGAUGUCUCCAGUGUAAAAGAUUUACCAGCAUACAAUCUGUUGAGAAGAUGAUCCUUUCUCUGUUGUAAAGCAAUUCUUUACUUUAGUGUUCUCACCAUCUGUAAUAUCAUAGAUGAAAUUCUAUCUGGAAAAUCCAGUAAGGUUACCAAUGUAAAAUACUUUCCUUAUCAUUCACGAAGAUCUCGGAUAGUUUGGGUUCCCCCUCCCUUUUUGGUUCAA